GGCUCGCACGCUCCAGCGCCGCGUCCCCCGGCCCGGCCCGGCCCCCCCCGAGCCUCUGAAGUGCGGGUGGGGGCGCGGGGGGAGCAGCCGCGCUGGCGGCCGGCCCAGCCCCGGCUUCCCCGCCUCUAUAUAAACACACAUUUGACUUUCUUUUUUACUCAAACUGAACAUUUGAGAGGGGCUUUGCCCGGCAGCCCUGCCUCCCUCUUCUUCUUCUUCUUCUUCUUCUUCUUCUUCUUCUUUUCGCUCAAAGUCUGUGAAACUCCGGGGCUAACAAAUAAGAUAUAUAUUUAUAGGGAGAUAUUUAUAUGUAUAGAGAGAGGGAGAGAUAGGGAUAUAAACCGAGCUGUCUCGCUCCGUGUGUGUAGAUACAUAUAUAUAGCUAUUUAAUUCUUCCAUCUCUCCAGGUCGUGGCUGAAUUAUUUUAAGAUUUUUUAACUUUUUUUUUUUUUUUUUUAAAAUCUCGCUCCUUUUUUUUUUUUUUUUUUUGUAAUUCUUUUUUCUUUCCUUUUUUUUUUUUUUUUCCCCUUCUGGUGUGUGUGGCUUUGCCUUGAAAAGCGAGCGGGAGCCAGAGCAUCUGCAUUUGGACUUUUUUGGGGUCUUUUUUUUUUUCUUCACUCCGGGGCUUUUCUUUCUUUCUUUUUUUUUUUUUUUCCUCCCUUUUUAAAUUUUUUUAUCAUUUUUUAAUUUUUCCCCCUCGACUCUUUUACCUCCUCACCCUCGCCCACCCCCUUUCUUUUUGGGGCGCCUCUCGCUUUUUUUUUUUCCCUCCUUAAUUUUCCCCUUCCCCCCCCCUCUUUUCGCGCAGCGUGGGGGUGUUUUUUUGCGUUUCGCUUUUUUUUUGUGUGCGUUGUUUAUUUUUUUUCCGCCUGUGUCACUCUGUCAAGUUUAUCCCAAACAAAGUUUUCAGAGAGCGAGAGCGAGGCGGAGGAGAAACGGCUUUUCGCCUUUUUUUUUUUAUUAUUUUUUUUUUUAUCCUUUUCAUUCUCCCCCCACUCUUUCCCCCUGUUGUUUUCCCAACCUGCCAGCGGAGAGAGGGGGGCGAGCCCGGCCCCCCUCGCCCCAAAGACCCCCCAGGCAGCUUUUAACGCGCGCUCCGCAAUCGCCCUUUUUUUUUUUUUUUUUAUUUUUUUUCCCGGGCGUGCGUGUCGUGUGUGUGGGUGCGAGUGUGGUGCCUGUCAAGGGGCUGUUUCUCUCCCCACCCUCCUCCUCCUCCUUCUUCCAAAUAUGCUUUUUGCAAGUUUUGAUCUCGUCUCGGCACUGGCUACCCUCGCCGCGUGCUUGGUGUCACUGACUUUGCUGCUGGCCGUGUCCCAACAGCUGUGGCAGCUCCGCUGGGCUGCCACCCGCGACAAAACCUGCAAGCUACCAAUCCCCAAAGGCUCCAUGGGAUUCCCUUUAAUCGGAGAAACCUUCCACUGGCUCCUGCAGGGCUCCUGCUUCCAAUCUUCCCGGCGGGAGAAGUACGGCAACGUCUUCAAGACGCACUUGCUGGGGCGGCCGCUGGUGCGGGUGACGGGGGCGGAGAACGUGCGGAAGAUCUUGAUGGGGGAGCACCACCUGGUGAGCACCGAGUGGCCCCGGAGCACCCGCAUGCUGCUGGGACCCAACACCGUGGCCAAUUCCAUCGGCGACAUCCACCGGCACAAGAGGAAGGUUUUCUCCAAAAUCUUCAGCCACGAGGCGCUGGAGAGUUACCUCCCCAAGAUCCAGCUGGUGAUCAAGGACACCCUCCGUGCCUGGAGCAGCAACCCCGAGCCCAUCAACGUGUACCACGAGGCGCAGAAGCUGACGUUCCGCAUGGCCAUCCGCGUCCUGCUGGGCUUCCGCAUCCCCGACGAGGAGCUCGGCCGCCUCUUCGAGGUCUACCAGCAGUUCGUGGAGAACGUCUUCUCCCUGCCCGUGGACCUGCCCUUCAGUGGCUACAGGAGGGGAAUCCGGGCACGGGAGACACUGCAGAAGGGGCUGGAAAAAGCCAUCCAGGAGAAACUGCAGAACACGCAGGGCAAGGACUACGCCGAUGCCUUGGACAUCCUGAUAGAGAGCGGGAAAGAGCACGGGAAGGAGUUGACCAUGCAGGAGCUGAAGGAUGGCACCCUGGAGCUGAUCUUCGCCGCCUACGCCACCACGGCCAGCGCCAGCACCUCCCUCAUCAUGCAGCUCCUCAAACACCCCCGAGUGCUGGAGAAGCUGCGGGAGGAGCUCAGGAGCAAAGGGAUCCUCCACAACGGCUGCAUCUGCGAGGGCUCCCUGCGGCUCGACAACAUCAGCAGCCUCCACUACCUGGACUGUGUCAUCAAGGAGGUGCUUCGGCUCUUCACCCCCAUCUCCGGCGGGUACCGGACGGUGCUGCAGACCUUCGAGCUGGAUGGUUUCCAGAUCCCCAAAGGCUGGAGUGUGAUGUACAGCAUCCGGGACACCCAUGACACCGCCCCGGUCUUCAAGGACGUGGACGUGUUCGACCCCGAGCGCUUCGAGCAGGGCCGGAGCGAAGACAAGGACGGCAGGUUCCACUACCUCCCCUUCGGAGGAGGAGUACGGACCUGUCUGGGGAAGCACCUGGCCAAGCUUUUCCUCAAGGCCCUGGCCAUCGAGCUGGCCAGCACCAGCCGCUUCGAGCUCGCCACCAGGACUUUCCCCAAAAUCACCCUGGUGCCCGUGGUCCACCCGGUUGACGGACUCAAGGUCAAGUUCUUCGGACUGGAUUCCAACCAGAACGAGAUCCUGGCGGGGACAGACGCCAUGCUGGGGGCCACCGUGUAACGCCCACGCCGCGGCGGCGCCAGGGACGGAGGGGCGGGGUGGGGGCGAGGGAUGGACAGGAGGGGAGGAGAGAAAGGGCUGAGGAGCUUCUCCACCACGCAGAGCCUCCGGAUCUCGGGACUUUUCCCCCCCCCUCUCCCCCCGGGUGAAGCUGCCGAAAGCCUUCUGCUCUUCCCGUGGAAGGGGCGCGGAGAAGGUGUUUUUUUCGGGGGAUGCCGUGGCGCGCCUCGGUUCGUCCGGAAAGGAGGGAGACCCGCGGAAAAACCCGAGUCGAGCUGGGAUGUCUGACCGUACACAGUAUCUAAAUAUUAUAAAUAUAUAUAUAUAAAUAUCUAUAAAACACUUCUGCUGCGAGGAGGAGCGCUGGCGAAGGCCCGACUGCGGGGAAGGCUUUGGAAAUCGGCCGAGGGUCGGAGGUCUGGUGUCCCGGGGCGGCUCCCGGCUGACCUCUGAUCUUCCUUUUAACAGUGUUAAAUUAGCUGGUGAUAACAGUGUUUCUUUGGUUUUAUUUUUUUUUUUGAGGUUUUUUUUUGUCCCUUUGUUUGGUUGUGUUGUUUGUUCCGGGGCGUUGGAGGCUUUCCUUGGUGAGGGGGAGACAAGAGGUGCCCGUUCCCAUCCCCUCUCCCGCUGGUGCCGGGGCAGGCUGGGAAGGGGCCGAGGGGGGAGCUGUUGUUUCAGACCGAAAAACCCUGUGGUGUCUUGUCCAGGGCUGGACAAGUCAUCCCUCUGAGGCCUUGGGCACAUUUGCAUUUUGCAAGAUGCGUUUUGGGGGGCUCUGGAUAAGGGGGGGAAUGUCCUUUUUUAUUUUUGGUUUUUUUUAAUCUCGUUGAGUUUCCUGCUGCUGCUACACGGCCUGUGUGCACCGUUCCCCCGGCACAGCCCCUCCCCAGCCGGGCAGAGCCACCUCUUUUGGGAGCAUCUUUGGUGUCUUUGCUCUCCCUGGAGGUGCAGGCACCACCCUCGGGGCUGCAGGGCCCCAACCACGGCUCCGAGAGCUCCGGGGUGCUGAGCAAAGCCAAGCUGCUCCUUUGGGUGCAUCCUCUUCCACAGGAGGCAUUGGCAUGGAAGAUGAUCCCUCUAAAUAAGCCAGCACACACUGCUUGUCUCGUGUCUGGGUUGUGGUUGGUGAUGGCAGAGCUCAGCAGGGAGGAGAGGGGCUCUGUGUCCGCCCCAUCCCACCACUAGCCCAGGAGGAGGGCCCUGCCCAAAGCUUCUGCGGCACAAGAGAGCGGCCACCGAGAGGUAUCUCAGCUUUGGGUUUAUUUGAGUUCCAUUUCUUGCAUGCCAGAGGUUUCUGGGUCAGGUUUGAGGUGGGUGGGUUGUGUUGAAGGGGAAGAAAAGCCCCCUGAGUGUCUCGGCGGGUGUUUGGUUCACACCAGAGCCAAGCACCGGGCUGGGAGAUCCCUCUUGGACUUGAGGCAGCUCUGUCCAGCCCCACUCCCAUCCCAUCCCAUCCCAUCCCAUCCCAUCCCAUCCCAUCCCAUCCCAUCCCUUCCCUCCGAGGUGGAAAGGACAACACAAGGACCGUGGCCGAGACCUCUCCUGGCCAUGACGGGAGGAGAUCUGGCCCUUGGGUGGGCAGCUUGGCUUUCAGCUCCAGAGGUGUCCAGAGAAGUCCGAGGGGUUGGGAUAAGGAAGGGGAAGGGGCAGGUGUGGGUUUGCCAGGUGGCUUUGCGGGUCGUGCCUCUUGGGAAGGUCGAAGGGAAGUGUGAAGGGAGCGCUGGGGAGGCUGCCCUUGCCAGCCCUUGGUGGGGGCCGGGAGGAGGGAGGCAGGUUUGGAGCCAAGGGAAGCACUUGAGGUCGGAUUUGCCGUCAGCCAAGCUGCCAAAUUCCACCCCCCUCCCAGGAGCAUCCCAGUGGAUCAUUUCCACACUCACCACGGGGUGCUCAGCUUGAUUUAACCCGAAAGAAACCCCCCAAUCUUCCAGGAGAUGCCAUUCCCAUCCAGACCUUGCCUUCGGGGUGGUGACACAGCCAACCCAAAAGGAAGGUCUCAGGAGCCUCUGCGUGCACCAAAUCCCUCAGGCAGAGGCUCGGCUGGUUUUUCCAGGCUGGAAAUUCGGAGUGGGACGCCACCAGCCGAGAUUUCAGGCGUUUCCUUGUCCCCGACGGAGAGAAAACUUUCCCGGUGAUAAAAGGAUGGCAGCCAAAAUCCCAAAGGGAUUAAACACAAACCUGAGCCCAGUGGGAAGGGGGGGAAUCUCCCAGGGACAAACAUUUCGGGAGAGGCGAUGGCAGUGGAGGUGUCCUUGGUCUUUGGGGACCAAGGAUGAGCUCUGGCAGGACCUGGGGACGAGGGAAGGAGGUGGAUGGUCCAGAGGGGGAAAACCCAUCACCGGGUGCUCUCCAGGAUCCCCCUUUUCCAUCUGAGACCCACGCUUGGGAUAGAGGAGGCCGGGAAAAGGGGAAAGCCUGAGAAAGGGAACAACAAGCUUAGAAGGUCUGGUUAAAGCUCCAGAGAACAAAACCUCUGGGGUAGAUUUUUCCAGAAGGGCUCGGUCCUGCUUGUUCUGGUGGGGAACCAGUGAAAGAGGUUUGGCUGAAAUUUUUCUUUUAACUUCCAAGGUCAUUACAAAGUGAAAACCAAACAUUGCUUUUGAGUGAGUGGUUGAUUGGAGAGAGGUAAUGUAAGAUGCAGACAUCCAUUAUAUAUAUAUUUACAUCAUGUGUAUAUAUAAUGUUUGUGUGGGUGAGUAUUUAAUCCGGGCAGAAGUUAAGUCAGGCUUUGUUUUUUUUCCAUUCCUAACUAAUAUAACUUGACUAAAAAAGAAAAAAAAAGAGAAAAAAAAAGAAAAAAAAAAAGUUGCUGCAGUGGGUUUGCAGAAUAAAGCACUUUGAAUCUCAGAAUUGUUUGUUUUUUGGUUGUUGUUUUUUUUUUUUUCUUAGCACAGUCCAAUUUGCUAUAAUAUUAUUUUAUACACAAAUUUGUUUUUUGGUUUUUUUUUUUGGUCUGUCUUUAUAAACUAUUAUAAGUACUAUUUUUGUUAUAAUUCAAAAUAGAUAUUUAGUACAAAGUUUUUGCUGUUAAAUAUUUGUUAUUUAGUAAAAUAUGAUUUUUUUUUUUCUCUUUAUUGUAAACGUUGUCCGGGGGAAAAAAAAAACCUAUUAAUAUGUUUUAUCGCAUUUGUUUUUAAUAUUAAGGGGAGGAAAAAAAAAAGAAAAAAGCACUUGUGGGGUUUUUCAUUAUGAAAUCGGUGCCGUGUGAACAUGUGUUUCAGUCAUGUGGUUUUUAAUAUGUAUAUAAUAUUAUGUGUUGCAUAUUAAAAUGAAUGUUGUGUAUUUUGUGAUCUUAAAAUAAAAGAAAAAAAAAAAAACAA